GGGUCUAAAAUGAAUUGUCUCUUGCUCAGUUCCAGGCUCCCCCACCGGGAUAAAAGCCUUCCCGUCUUCUGCCAGCAGCAUGGUCGUGUCCUGGCUUCCCCCAGCUAAGCCGAACGGGAUCAUCCGGAAGUACACCAUCUUCUGCUCCAGCCCUGGGUCCGGACAGCCGGCCCCCAGAGAGUACGAGACCAGCCCUGAGCAACUCUUCUACCGCAUCACCCACCUCAACCGCGGGCAGCAGUACAUGCUGUGGGUGGCGGCCGUGACCUCGGCGGGUUGCGGCAACAUCAGUGAAAAGGUCACCAUUGAGCCUGCUGGGAAAGCCCCAGCCAAGAUCAUUUCCUUUGGCGGCACUGUCACCACUCCGUGGAUGAAGGACGUGAGGCUGCCAUGCAGUUCGGUUGGGGAGCCGGCCCUUGCCAUUAAAUGGACAAAGGACAGGUAA